AUGGCAGAUACCGUAGCAAGUGAAGCGCCAGCCGCAGCCUCCGCUGCCUCCCCAGCGGUGGUGGCCAAAUCUCCGAAAAAGCCGAAGGCCGCCGCAGGACCCAAGAAGCCGAAACUGCCAGCGGCCCACCCGCCGGUGAACGACAUGAUCUUUGCCGCCAUCAAGGCUCUGAACGAGCGCAACGGAUCUUCGGUACAGGCGAUCAAGAAGUACGUAGCAGCCAACUACAAGGCCGACGUGACCAAGCUGGCCACGUUCAUGAAGAAGGCUUUGAAGAGCGGAGUGACCAGUGGCAAGCUUGUGCAAACCAAGGGAACCGGAGCGUCGGGCUCGUUCAAACUGUCGCCCUCCGCCAAGAAGCCUCCGGUAGAGAAGAAAAAGAAGGUUGAGGCCCCGAAGAAGUCUGCCUCUGUUGCCGACAAGAAGAAGAAGACUGUGGCCAAGAAGGCAGCCGGAGAGAAGAAGCCAAAGAAGGUGGCGAAGAAGGCAGAAGCUGGCGCAGCCAAGAAGCCGAAGGCUGCAGCAGCCACGAAGAAACCAAAGACAGCCGCUGCCAAGCCACCAAAGGCAGCCGCCGCCAAGAAAGCCGCCAAGAAGCCAGCAACUCCCAAGCAGAAGGCUACCAAGCCAUCCAAGGCAGCUGCAGCGAAGCCAAAGACGCCCAAGCCGAAGAAGGCCGCUGCUCCCGCCAAGAAACCAGCUGCCAAGAAGGCCGCCCCAGCCAAGAAGUAA